AUGGCUGGUAAAGGAAGAUCUACGAAAAAUUCUAAUAGCGAUGCUCUACGAUGUGAAAAAGAAUCAACAGAUGUUCAGUGUGUUUGUUGUGGGAUUUCGUUUGCUGUCGGCAUGACUGAGGAAUCGUUAGAACUAUUGAAGGCAUGUGAUAAUGUCAAAUUUGUGUGUGAUGAGUGCUUGAAGUCACCAUCAAUAAAGGAUCAGGUCAUCAAAACAGUUGAGAGUGGAAAAGCUGAGAUAUGUGACAAGAUAAACAGCUUAAGUAAAGAGAUUAGAUCGGAAAUCGAUGCAAUCAAGGUAAAAUUGGAAGCAAAUGAAGGCAAAAUGUCUGGAUUGGAUGUCCCUGGAUCAAAGCUCUGUGAUGAGAUUUCGAACUUUAGAAAUGAAAUGACCAGAUCAUUUGCUAGCGUGGAACGAGAGGCAAAUAUAGUGGUUUUUCGACUGAGUGAAGGAACGGACGACAGAAACAGGGUUUGCAAGAUAAUCAGUCAUCUGACCGGUGGUGUCUGCGGUGAAACAAACAUAAUAAAGUUGGUACGACUUGGUAAGAAAAAUGAUACGGUGGUAAGACCAAUUUUGGUAAAGUUUGAUGAUGUCAAGGUGAAGGAACUCGUUUUCAAAAAUGUUUUUAAAAUGAAGUCAGUAGGCGAUAAUCUGUCUCAUGUUGGUCUGAGUCAUGAUCUUACUGUUGAGCAAAGAGAUGAACUUAAAAAAUUGAUGGACGACGCCAGACAGAUGGAGAAAAACUCAACGGAGGGUAUUUUAUACAGAGUGCGAGGAGACGUAGGAAAAUGGAAAAUAGUACAUUUUCCUGCAAGGAAAGAGUCAAACUGA